AUGGAAGAAGUAUAUCUUCUUAAAACAAAGGGAGUCAAGAAGACGAUACUUCAUGGUGGAUAUGGAAGCAUUCCAAAAUUUGUACAUGGAACAAAACUAAACUUCCACUUUCAGACUCUGAAGUGUGAUUUUGAGAGAACAGUUAUUGAUGAUAGUCGCAAAGGUAGAUUUCCCAUGGAGAUCAUUGUAGGAAAGAUGUUUAAAAUGGAGGUUUGGGAAAUUCUGCUGACGUCCAUGAGAACUGGAGAGGUUGCUGAAUUUUGGUGUGACAGUAUCCACACUGGGAUGUACCCUCUUGUAUCGAAAGGUUUGCGAAAGAUUGCUGAGGGAAAAGAUCCUUUAGAAGGCCAGAGGCACACAUGCGGCCUGGGGAAUAUGUUUGACUAUCACACUACAGGUUAUGACGAUCUGGACGACCUCAUGAAGGAGCCACAAGCACUCAUCUUCAUUAUGGAGCUGAUCCAGGUGUCUGAUCCAUUCUCCUAUAAAAUGGAUUCCUGGGCAAUGAAUACAAACGAAAAAUUGCAAAUAGUUCCUGUUCUGCACCGUGAAGGAAAUGAACUGGUCAAAUUGAAACGUUAUAGAGAUGCAUCUGAGAAGUACAGAGAGGCAGUCAUAUGCCUGAGAAAUAUACAGGCCAAGGUGAAGCCUAAAGAAGGUGAUUGGGUGCGGCUGGAGAAUCUGCUGACCCCACUCGUUUUGAAUUACUGCCAAUGUAUGCUUGAGUUGGAAGAGUAUUACGAAGUACUAGAGCAUACAACUGAGCUUCUCCUGAAACAUCCAGGUAAUGUAAAAGCUUAUUACAAGCGUGGCAAGGCCCACACAGCAUUAUGGAAUGAGAAGGAAGCUCGACAGGACUUUCUGACAGUCCUUAAUCUAGACCCAACAUUGGCCCCUGUUAUUUACAAGGAAUUAAAAUUGCUGGGGGAGAGAAUGAAGGUUAAAUAUUAUGAAGAGAAGCAAGCAUACUGGGGCUUCCUACAGACCCACAAAGAGCAGAAGAAAAACGAGCAUAGCAAGGAAGAAGUCAAAGAAAAUGAUUCAAAGAAAGAAGAAGACAAAGAAAAGGAAGAAAACACAAAUAACGAAAUUAGCCAAGAAAAUGUAAUACUAGUAAAAGGGGAUGAGAAACAUGAGGAAGAUGGAUCUUUGAGGAGUAAGAAUGUUUCAGAGCAUCAUAAAGAAGAGUUUUGUGAAAAUGAGGUGCUAGAGAAAAAUACUACUGAUCCGGACACUAGAAAGCUACCGACUUUCAAAGCUGAUAAAUUUGCUUCAAUGGCAGCUGAAAAAAGCAAGGAAGAAAUGCUCAGACUGACACCCGUGCUGCACAAUGAAGGAAACUACUUGUUUAAAGAAAAAAAUUACAGUGAGGCUUCUGAAAAAUACUGGGAAGCCAUUGUCUAUUUAAGAUACAUUCAAGCUAGGGAAAAUCCUGAAGAUGAUGACUGGGUGUCUCUGGAGAAUCUCCUUAUCCCACUGAUUCUGAAUUACUGCCAGUGUAUGCUGGAGUUAGAAGAACAUUAUGAAGUCCUGCAACAUACAUCAGAGCUUCUCAAUAAGCACCCUGAUAACGUGAAGGCUUAUUACAAGCGUGGGAAGGCAAAUGCAGCUCUUUGCCUUGAAAGAGAGGCACGGCGUGACUUCCAUAUGGUGUCAAAACUGGACCCCACUUUUGUUCCCGGCUUGCGCACUGAGCUAAAGCAUAUGGGGGAAAUGAUUAGAACAAAACACAGCAAAGAAAAGAAGAACUAUUGGAGCGUUAUGCAGGAAAAGAAGGAGAAGUUCUAUAACUCUAUCAAAAGUGAAGAGGAAAUAAUGAAGAAAGACAAGCCAUCAAAGUGAAGCAGGCCAAGGUGCAAA